ACUGUUUGUAAUUACAUUGUGUUCUCAUGCACGCCUCCCUUGGUUUUUCCCUCUGGAGCACUUUCCUUUUUCACGUGUCAAAGUUGUUGCAGAGAUGACGAAUGAUCAACCCGAGGUAGUCGAUAUAGUGUCUGUAGGUAGGUAGGCAGGUCGAAUCUCACCACACAACUGCCCAACAUGCUCCACACUACCACAUUGCAUGACGAUCCACUGCAUUGGCUGGUUGACUCUGAAUCUUACUAUGUUCUCUCCGUUUCUUACAUCCAAUUCAGUUUGCGACCCGUCGCGGGUGUUCCAUCCUACACCCAACUCCAUUCAACUCAACCUAACUCAACUUAGAACUUCUCGGCUUAACAGCUUUCUUUUCUUCUUCUUACCCUUCCUUCUGUUUUAUAUUAUUUUUGAUUUCUUAUCGUUAUUCUUUCUUUUCCUCUUACGCGUUCUUUUCCCACCUUUUCUUUUCCCUUUUUUACUUUUACUAUUUGCUUCCCUACCAUUGCCACCGAAAAUUCCUCAUCCUCAGUCUUUCCUGCACCGUUUCGAUCUAAAAAUACUCGGAGGGUUGGAGUUUUUUCUUUUGUGGGGAAUCAACUUUGUUUGGUUCGGUUUGGUUUGGUGUGGUUUCUUAGUUGGCAGACAACUGCAGUUGAGUGUGGGGCGGGAUCCUUGUACGCGUCUGGAGGGCUUGGCAUAUGUCACCACCACGGCGGGCACAUGGAGAUGGGAUUGUGGAUUUAGUGAGUUGAGAAAUAUUUGGUGAGGGGGAGGUGUUGUGUGUUUGAUUCGGAAGAAGACUGCGAAGAACAGGGGCAACGGUGAGCUGAGAUCUUUGUGUACUUCAGUUGCAAAAUGCGAAAUGACUGGUG